UUUUCUUUUGAAGGAAGAAAUCAGUCUUGAAAGAAGUUGAUACUGACGUAUCCAGCAUGUCUAUGUGACUAUUAAGUAGACUAUCAUAAACACAAGAUUAACUGGCAAGCAUUCAAGCAAGCACGAGUUUGGAUGGAACUUAUCUGCAUGCGCACGCACACACAAGCACACACGCUCUCUCGCUUUCUCCCUCUCUCAAAAGAGACUUGACACUGUUGGAUUUUACAAUUUAAUAAUUUCUUUUUCUAGAUUUCUUGGGAACAUGGAAAAAAGAAAUCUAACAGUCAUCAGGGAAUUCAUCCUUCUGGGACUCCCUAGUUCAGCAGAGCAGCAGCACCUCCUGUCUGUGCUCUUUCUCUGUAUGUAUUUAGCCACCACCUUGGGGAACAUGCUCAUCAUUGUGACCAUUGGCUUUGACUCUCGCCUCCAUUCCCCCAUGUAUUUCUUCCUUAGUAACUUGGCCUUCGUUGACAUUUGUUUUACGUCGACUACUGUCCCCCAAAUGGUAGUGAAUAUCUUGACUGGCACCAAGACUAUCUCUUUUGCAGGCUGCCUCAGUCAGCUCUUCUUCUUCGUUUCUUUUGUGAAUAUGGACAGCCUCCUUCUGUGUGUGAUGGCGUAUGAUAGAUAUGUGGUGAUUUGCCACCCCUUACAUUACACUGUCACAAUGAACCUGUGCCUUUGUGUCCAGCUAAUGGCUGGACUGUGGCUUGUUACUUACCUCCAUGCCCUCCUGCAUACUGUCUUAACAGCACGGCUGUCCUUCUGUGCCUCCAACAUCAUCCAUCAUUUCUUCUGUGAUCUCAACCCUCUCCUGCAGCUCUCUUGCUCUGACGUCUCCUUCAACAUAAUGAUCAUUUUUGCAGUAGGAGGUCUAUUGGCUAUCAUGCCCCUUGUCUGUAUCCUCAUAUCUUAUGGAAUUAUCUUCUCCACUGUUCUGAAGAUCACCUCUACUCGAGGGAAGCAGAGAGCUGUUUCCACCUGUAGCUGCCACCUGUCAGUGGUGGUGGUGUUUUAUGGCACAGCCAUCGCUGUCUACUUCAGUCCUUCAUCCUCCCAUAUGCCUGAGAGUGACACUGUGUCAACCAUCAUGUAUUCAGUGGUGGCCCCGAUGCUGAAUCCUUUCAUCUACACCAUAAGGAACAGGGAUAUGAAGAGAGGACUUCAGAAAAUGCUUUUCAAGUGCACAGUCUUUCAGUGCAAUAAUGACCUCAGUGACUGAAUUAAAUAAUGCUAAUGUGGUGAUGAGAAAGUGUGACUAGAUGCUCACAAUAACAGUGAGAAGAGA